ACUCUGCAAUUUGCAUUAACAAGUUUGGGAGGUUGCAAGUCUCAUUCUCGACCAUUUGGCAAGGAAUAAAAAAAAUGUUAACAUUUCUCAAAAUUUUGACGAGACAGUAACUCAAAUUUUGCGGAUUUUCUUCAAUUUCUACAGCAAAUCGUUUUAAAAUGAACUACCAACAAGGCGGAAGAAUGGACGGCCAAGGGUACCCUGGCCAAGGCCCUCAACAAAAUUAUUACCAGCCGAUGCCAAACAUGAAUAACGACCAGUCGAGAUAUUAUCCAACUCCAGACAGUUUUUCAUCCACUCCUCACAAUCAGUCACAGUAUAUGAAUGACCCUCUUCAAAACUUUCAAGGUAGGGCAGUGGCUGAAGCUGCGAUAUUUUAUGGAAGCAAAAUUGUAGGAACUGGUAGGGAAAUGGUCGAUGAGAAAAUUAAAAAAUACAAGUCUAUAUAUAUGAUAAGACAUUACUUUGCUGUUGAUACCAGUUAUGUUCUUAACAAAUUAAAACUUAUCAUAUUUCCAUACAGUAAUAAGGACUGGUCUAGGAAAUACAUCGAUUCUGUCCCUGCUAAGCCGAGAUAUGACGUUAAUUGUCCUGAUUUGUACAUACCUUUGAUGGGUUAUGUAACGUAUUUAUUAGUCGUGGGACUUGUGCUCGGAAUACAGAAUCGUUUUGACAUCGAAGUCCUUGCGAAAUUAGCAUCUCAAUCGAUUGCCUUUAUUUUUCUGGAAAUUGGCAUACAGCUCCUAACGUUGUAUAUUACAAAUAUACAAACGAAUGUGACAGCCUUAGAACUAAUUGCUCUGUCAGGGUACAAGUUUAUCGGGAUUAUAAUAGCAGCCUUGUUGAGUAUAGCAUUCUACAAAAAAGGAUAUUAUGCAGGAAUAGUGUACUGCAGCGCAUCCUUAGCUCUUUUUAUGGUUCGCACACUAAAGCUGCAAAUACUUUCUCAUUAUGGCAGUAAUGAUAUGUCAGCCACUGGAUAUGUUAACGACCCUUCAGGAUACAGUGGCUAUUCAGAUCAUGGUGGCUCAUAUCACAGCGCACUGAUGGGUAAGAGGCAAAUGUACUUCCUCGCUUUUGUAGCAGUCUCACAGCCUAUAUUUAUGUGGUGGCUGUCAUUCAACUUGGACGCCAAUCAAUAAACUACCGACGGCUGCAGUGAAUUUCUAUCCAUAAAAAAGUCUAACCAUUUUUUUUCUUAAGAAAAAAAUUGAAAAAAUACAAACGAUCAUAGAGCACUUAUUCGUUGUUUAAAAAUUUAACUGUUCAUUCUUAACAAAUUUUUUUAGGUAUGAUGUUCAUUUAUCACA